AUGGUUGAUAGUAGUAGUAGCAAUCGCAGGAAGAGAACAAUCUCUGAAGGAGACAUCGCCAUUCUUUUGCAGAGAUAUGAUGUGAAGACGAUACUUAGGCUGUUACAGGAAAUGGCUUAUUAUUCUGAAAUCAAGAUGGAUUGGAAUGAGAUGGUGAAGAAGACCACUACUGGGAUUACUAAUGCUAGAGAGUAUCAGUUGCUAUGGCGACAUCUUUCUUAUCGGGAUCCUCUCCUCCGUGUCGAAGAUGAUGCUCAACCUCUGGAUGAUGAUAGUGACAUGGAGUGCGAAUUGGAAGCUUCCCCUGCAGUCACCUCUGAAGCAUCAGUGGAGGCUAUUGCGCAUGUGAAAGUGAUGGCUGCUUCGUAUGUGCCAAGUGAGUUGGAUAUACUCGAUGAUUCAACAGUUGAGGCUCCCUUGACUAUAAACAUACCGUAUAGUCUGCCUGAGGGGACUCCGGAACCAACAGAGUCUCCUUGGUCGUCAAGAGGGAUGAAUAUCAACUUUCCUGUUUGUCUUCAGAAAGCUUCAUCUACCGAGGGGAUGAAUGGAAAUGGUUUAGCUAGUAGUAGUAUGGCUUUUCGGAAGAAAAGGAAAAAAUGGUCUGCUGAGGAGGAUAAGGAGCUGAUCGCCGCUGUAAGGAGAUGUGGUGAAGGCAACUGGGCACAUAUCGUUAAGGGCGAGUUUAGAGGAGAGAGAACCGCCUCCCAACUCUCGCAGAGGUGGGCGCUUAUAAGAAGAAGAUUUGAUAUUUCGACCCCUCUUAGCCAAUCUGGCCUACAACGAACUAACCGUGCAGCAUCUGUGGCUCUGGGUGAUCCGCCCCCUUCAAAAAAACUUGCAGUCGGUAUUUCGCCAAGGAUUUCAUCUUGUAGCAUCACAGGAACACAAGCCAACGGGGGCAGUUCUUCGCAAGGUCAACAACAGUCCAAGCCAGUUGUUCAAGCAUUGCCUCGGACAGCAAAAUCAGUUUCUGCUUCAAAAUCUCGAGUUGCUGUUAAAAAAACAACAGCAACCUCCACUUCCAAAUUGGAUCUAAUGGUAAAAGCUAAUUCAGUAGCUGCUGCAGCAUGCAUGGGUGGUGUAGGCGUAUCGACUGCUGCAUUAGUACCGAAGGUCGAACCUGGAAAGAUUGAUGCUCCAGUACUGCCAAAAAUUGAACCUGCAAAAAAUGCUUCAACAGCCUGUAUGCCUUGUCCCUCAGGUGGUAGCCUCUCUUUGCCAAAGGUUGAACCAGGAAAGAGUGUUGUUGCUUAUGGUAUCGCUAAAGCGGUUGGACCUGCGAAUACACGGCCUCUAGCUAAUGGAAACCUGAAACUUGUGACGGCUGCAUCAUCUUCUAACAAUCUUAUGGCACCUCAUUCAGAAGGAUCUACAAUGCCUUCUACUUCUGCCCCCUUGGCUUCUGCAUCGAGGAUGGUCUCCAAUCAGAGAAUUUCUGCAGCCUCUGUCCUAGCUACUGUAUUACCACCAAAGCCUACUGUAGAAAUCGUCACUUGCAAACCAAGUGGUGGACAGAAAGAACAAGCUCAGGGAGAUGGAGCAAGCUCAUUGGUUGCGAUCCAGUCAAAUAAAAUGACCUUAACAAACUCAGAGAUCAGCCGGGGAAACCAGGUUACACAGGCUCAGGCCCCUAAUCUUUUGCCUAGGAAAAUCCCAGUCAUUCAGACUGCAGUUGCCAUUAACCAAAAUUUGGAGGAUAAAGCAUCUGAUAAAACUGCAGUACCAACCAUCAGUGGAGCUGGUACGCAAUCUAAAGCCAAAUGUGAAGUAAAUAACAAGGUUGGUACGACGAUCAAAGUGAGUAAUGCAUGCGGGAAACCUCCAGAGGUUGCAACUGUGGCAGGGACCGGACAGGGUGUUUAG